UGCCAUUGGUUAACACGAGGCAGACUCACGGGAUGGGGAUGAUGAUGCCUCUAAAAAGGGGGGCAAACCUCGGAGCCCGCGUCUCUCCCGCUGCGCACACACGCGCGGCAAAAGUGAAGUGAAGAUGCUUCUUCCCUCUCGGCCGACAGUCCAGCUCGUGAGCCGUUCACUUCUUCUUCUUCUUCUCCUCCCCCUCCUCCUCCUCCUCCUCCUACCAGAGCGCCGAGCUGUCCCCUUCCCUGGUUUACUGGAGGAACUUGCGCGGCCGGGCUCGUCCAGCUCGGAGGAGGCGAGGGGAGGCGCCGACGGAGCCCCGGAGCCCCGUCAGUCCCGCAGCGUGCCCGUGGAGAGCCACGCGUCGGUAUGGGUGCACUGACAAAAGGACGUUACCUCUCCGCGAAGGGCCUCCUGCUGCUCCUGGUUUACUGCACGGUGUCAGUGAUAUCCAAAGGUGCCACGGGGGAUGCUCAGCCUGACACCCUACCCUCGGUGCAGGGCACCUUGCCACACUUCAUCCAGGAACCGGAGGACGCCUACAUCGUCAAGAGCAACCCCAUUAAGCUGCGGUGUCGAGCCGCGCCUGCCUUACAGAUCUUUUUCAAGUGCAACGGGGAAUGGGUGCACCAGAAUGAGCACUUUUCCCAGGAGUAUAAGGACCUCAACACUGGUAAGAUAAAGCCGGCCUUCUUCCAGCCAAUGCUAACAUCUAAUAUGAAGAAAAGGGUGUGCAGGCAUCUGAAGAUUUGGUAUGAUUCUUUGGAGCUCCGGCGGGGGGUGGAGCGCUCAGCUCCUGGCAGCAGCAGCUCCUCUGGCCUGGAACGGAGGUUCACCUCGCUGCUCCUCCGGUCCCUGCUUGGAGCCAACACUGGCACCGAGCUGCUGGAGGCUCAGGCCCUGCUACUGGGCUCACUGGGGGGAAGGGAGGAGGACGACUCGGGGUCCAGAGGAGCUGACUCCGGCAGAUUGGUUAUGGAGAUCAAGCUGCGCGUGAGCCUGUCCCUGUGCUGUCUCUCCAUCUCUGAAGGCAACCCUCUGCUGUUCAACUCCUCCAUGCAGCCCGACUUGACGGUGGGACGGACGUACAGCACGCCCCUCUGCUUCCAGGACAGCACAGACAAAGAGCUCUUUGACCCCCUGCCGGACAUCAAGGUCAAAGUCCAGAGCUCCUUUAUGGUUUCGCUAGGCGUAGCCGAACGGGCUGAGUUCCACGCCAAAGGCCCCGCCGAGACCUUCCCGCGGGACCUGAGCCGGGACUACAGCGGCACCGCGGACAGACGAAAGAAGGGCCUGGUCACCCUCAACGGGCCCUUCAGCACCGGCAGAGAGCAGCCGAGGACCAACGGCGUGUUCGGCCACCCCGGGGGACGCCUGGUGGUGCCAAACGCCGGGGUCAGCCUGCUGGUGCCUCACGGAGCCGUGGCUGAAAAUAUGUCCUGGGAGAUGCACAUGGUGAUCAAUCAGGGAGAGGCAAGUGUCCAAACACUGGAAGGCUGUGAAAUCCUCCUGGGCCCAGAGGUGACGUACGGCCCUCCGGUCCUGGACCUCUUCACCCCGGUGGCCAUGACCAUCGCUCACUGCGCCGAGGUGGACACAGAGAACUGGAACGUCCAGCUCAAGAGGAAAACCCAGGACAGCAAAUGGGAGGAAGUGAUGUCGGUGGAGGAGGAGUGCACUUCCUGUUACUGCCUCAUGGACUCGACGAGCUGCCACCUGCUUCUGGACCAGCCGGGCUCGUACGCCCUGGUGGGCGAGCCCCUGACGCAGGCUGCCGUCAAGAGGCUGAAGCUGGCUGUGUUCGGGAGCAUGGAGGCCGGCUCCAUGAGAUACAGCCUGCGGGUGUACUGUGUGGACGACACGCCACACGCCUUUCAGGGAGUGGUGGCUGCAGAGAAGACCAGAGGGGGUCAGCUCCUCGAGGAGCCAAAGAUGUUGCCUUUCCGAGCGAACACCUUCAGCCUCCAGGUGUCCAUCCAAGACGUUCCCCAGUUCCUGUGGAGCAUCAAACCCUUUACCACAUGUCAGGAGUUCUCCUUCCCUCAAGUGUGGUGCAGCAACCAGCAGCCCCUGCACUGUGCCUUCUCUCUGGAGAGAUACAGCCCUGCCACCGCCCAGCUCUCCUGCAAAAUCAGCGUGCGCCAGGUCAAAGGCCACGAGCAGAUACUGCAGGUCUACACGGCAGUGGCCGAGACUGAAAAAGAGUCCGUUCCAUUUUUUAUGCAGACAGACUGCACCAUCACGUCCCAGACGGGUCCCAAGGCCUUCAAAAUCCCCUCGUCCAUCCGCCAGAGGAUCUGUGCCACCUUCGACACUGCCAACGCCAAGGGCAAGGACUGGCAACUCUUAGCCCAGAAACUCCACUUAGAUCGAAACCUGGGUUAUUUUGCAAAGCAGCGGAGUCCGUCGGCAGUCAUACUGAGCCUGUGGGAGGCUCGCCACCAGGACACCGCUGACCUUGACUCCCUAGCCAGCGCCCUCGAGGAGAUCGGCAAGAUCCACUCCAAAAGCUCCCCCAAGGACCAGGAUGAGCCGGAGUCCGACUUCAAUCACAUAGAGGCGGGCGGCGUGUGCGGAACGGGCACACUAACAAAUCAGACGACAGAGGACUCUGCUCCUGAAUAUACGGGCUGAGAGAAGAGAGAGAGAGAGUGAAAACUGACAAACUGAGGCAUAUAUCUGCGAAGGCACACAGCCGGUGAUGGACGACACACUGUGGCCGUGCGCUGGAAGGUCAAGAGGUUGUGAGUAGACGGCGCGAGCAGUCAACAUGCUGACCGAAUGCCAACGGAUGGAGGUGAGGCGGUACCUGCUGUGGAUCUGCCCCUCUCUUGUCUGAGGAUGGACUGUAAAUCUUGUUCUGCCUUGCCACUCCAUAUUAAGUUCAUUUUUAAUGUAUUUGUUGUUUUUUUUAAGUCAAAGCUGUCCCUCCGUAUAUAUAUAUAUAUAUUCAUUUUCCAGCUCAGAGGGUGAGUGGGGUAUUUCCCAGCCUUUCGUGCACAUUACAGUAUUUUCUGAAUUUGUGUUAGAAAAGAGGGGAGAAGCUUUCCUACCCCUGGGACCGUCCCCUACCACACGCAGCUGGACAUAUUUGCAUAGAAGUUCUCAGAUGCAAAAUAAGGUGAUACAACUGUGGCGUCAUUUCAGAGACACCUGAUCUAAUCCCCCCCCCCCCACCACAUCCCUGUGUCAACGAAUGAAUGAGGACUUAGAAGCUACUUUUUUGACGUCCAAUAUUAUAUUUUUCAAAGGAAGCUGCUGAUUGCUUAAAUGUUGUGAUUGUGAACUUUCAAAGCCAAGAAUUUUGAAAUUAUCCCAUUUUCAUCUCUUACAAAAGAUUCAAAAAAAUCUAGUCGAUAGGAAGUUUACACUUCCGAUCGACGACCAGUGUUGUGUGAUCACUUCCACAAAAAGGAAAAAAAGUUAAAAAAUACAUGAUGAGCCCCAGUCUAAUCUAGACCCACUAUGUGUUAUAGGCUACGGAUCAAAACAUGGUUGUGGUUUAAUGUGGCAGAGUGAGAUUUCUAACCGUGGCAUUACAGUUCAUUACAGUUUCCUUCGCCAAGCGAUAGAGAGGAAGGAAGCGGGAAAACAUCAUUUCCUGCAACAGCACAGAGCACAUGCCGCGUCUUAUCACACAAAUGCCCCCAUUAACACCCGUCACACAGACCUCAUAUCAGACCCUGACACACCCGGCUGCCUCCACCACCAACUCCCCAGCCCUCAACCCCCACCCCCAACACACAGGCAGACACGCACAUUGACAUUUCAUGGCCACAGAGGUCAUGUGCACACAGACUGGGAGGUUGCAUAUUGUACAACAAAUAAACAAAAAAAGGAAUACUGAUGGUUACAUAUCUGUUUAAAUCACAAUAAACACACAUCUUAGUGGGAGAAUAAUGAGGGGAAGAAUGUUCUGAGCAUGUGAAGCUCGAAAUCUAAAAAGCAAUAGGCCUACACAUUUUGUGUCGGCCACUGAGGCACGUAGUACUGACUGACACUCCGAGUUGAAUCAUCAUAAAGGACGAUACCACAGAGGUAAACAAAAUCGGUUACAGUUAAGAAAAACAUUGAACUGUGAAACUUAAAGGGACAGUGUGUGGGAUUUGGAUAGCAUGAAGACCUCUCCGCUUAUUCCUUUUUUUCCAAGACUGCGGUAGCGUGAGCCCCCGAAUGCAAAUCCGUGGAAACGCCGUUCUCCUCGCUGGAAGGCCAUCCAUACCAUAAUAACACUACUUUAGGAGCAACGGAAUAAGUGGCAUGCGGUACCGCGUUUCUGCACUCUGCAGCGUGGAGGAGAACUACGUUGGCCUUCAGGUCAUGUAAAAACAGAAAGGCUCUCUCUUGAGCACAUGGCGGUGCAACACGGCGCACUCCGUGAAGAGAACCCGCUCCAUAUGUAGAUGAAGAGCUCACGUUAAGCUAACGGAAACACGAUUCUUAGUUUCAGAGUUUCACACGAACAAAAUCAUAGUUAUGAAUAUUAAAUUCCAUUUCUGCUAAUAGAUUCCCCCGAAAUGCAACACCCUAGCCCUUUAAAUCAUUCUCUGAUUUUGUUAUUGUGCCCAACUGAAGCCAGCUAUUUGGGGGACACUGAGGUAAGAAUUUGUUUAACAGAAAACCAGAAAAUACAGAUUAUUCCCAUUUGGAAUGGAAACUUUUUACAUGAAAAAAAUUACAUUCAGACACAACAUCCAGCGGUCAUGCUGCUGAGAUGUUUACAUAUUGUAUCUAAAAUCACAAUGGAUCUCUGCCUUCACUCUGCUAGCGAGAUGCAUGCUGGGUAAAUAAGGCCACCCACAUUAUGCAAGAACACAUUCUCUCGCUUAUAAAACACUGAAUCCCACAUCUGCACAUGAAGUGUGUGCUUCUUACAGCCUCAUUGGUGACCACAGCUCUCCGUAUGUUCCUCUGGGAUUCGGUCACACAACAUCACACACGUUUUAGGGGGAAACUUACAUUCAUGAGUUUACAUGUCGCUGCCCACAGUAAUAACAGGUUUACCUGAGGUAAAACCACAGUGUAACACAGACUCCAUUUGGCUGCUGCCUCUACUUACUAUAGGCUAGCUAGACUUAUGCUGUGUCUGAAUUCGGAUACUUCCGUUAUUACACUUCCAUGCGGUACACUGUGUACGCAUGAUGUACUUGCGUAGUGCGUGAAUGUUGACAGGGUAGUGAGGUCUCAAAUCAAACAUGGCUGUUAUGCACUGACCGGAAAGACAUUCGCGAAAUAUGACCGCUUCUUCUUUUUCUUUUUAAUAGCAAAUUGCAAUCGGAAGGAGCAGUACAGCCAACAUUCGACCGUGAUUGCUGCCCGCCAAAAUAUCUGCCAGCUUUGUUUGCUUACUUGACUUGAAUUGUAUUAAAACUGAAUAAAAAUGAACGUGAUUUUAAUUUGAUGUGCUUGUGUGUGCCCCCCGUUUCUGAAAGGUAGCCAUCAUGGCAACCGUUGAGGUGUCCAGUGUUCCACACUCAACGUUUUAACCAUUAUGAGUGCACCAUCCUGGUACUCAGAGUUCACUCUGUUUUGCCAUACUUUGUCAAAACAACCAUGCACUCAAAAUAGCAAAUGAAAGAGCACAAAUUGAGACACAGAGUCAUUCUAUAAUUUGCGGGUACAUUUCACAUCAACAAAAAAGUGUAAAAGUGCUUUCUCACAAAAUGUUAAAAUAUUUCUUCAAUCUAAUAGUCUGCAUCCACUAAUGCAAAGCUUAACAUUAACAACUUUUUAAAUAUUUGAACCUUAAGUUUCAACAUUAAUUUGAAUUAAAAUCUUAAAAGAAUUGAAAACCAUAACAAUGUGUCCAACAUAGUUAACGGCCAAUCAACGUACACUUUUACAAUGCCCUAUUACGGAUAAAAUACUUUUAAAAAUUUGAAUUUAUUAAAAAUGGCUGCCAUUGAGAGAAAUGACCACACUUGGGGACCACACUGUUUUUCAUCUGUUGUCCUUUGGCAUGUAUAAAAUGCACAUAUAACAAUAUAAAAAUGAUAAAUCCACAUUAAUAAAUACACCUACAGAACCAACCUUAAUAACAACAUGAAUGUGUCUUGAAGCCGUUUUCUAACGUUAGUAUUAAACUGACUAAAGCUAAUACACUCUGUUGUGCUUGUGAGGAUCGCAUUCCAGUGUUUUGUUGCUGUAAUUAAGAAAGUACUUUGAGCACAUGUUGUUGAACAAUGUUUUAUGUAACAGUAGUUGAUCAUUUGUUUUUCUUGUUUGACCAUUAGCUGUUAGAAUAUAUUGAUUAAGGGGAAGGAGCUGAAUCGUGCCGCAUCUUAUAGAGUCAACCAUCGUUGGUCAUAAACAAGAAAUAAAUAAUCAAAGCUGCAUAUUAAGUAUCUAUUUUCUUCAUUGCUGUCACUUGCUGUUUUGAAUUAGAAUGGACAUCACCGUGUCAUCUGUGAACAUUUAUAUCUGGACAUCAAAACGGACAAUUGACAAAUCAUUAAUGCUGAAAAACAGUGGUCCUAAGAUGGACCCUUGAGGUACCUCAACAGUGCAGUAGGAAGGGGGGAAGUCAGUGAUGACAAGAAGUCAAAUGCUAGUAAAUGGAAAGCCACCAUUUUCUCCAGGACACUAGAUAAGAUGUUCUGUGGUUGACAGAACUUGUGUGGAGAUUAAUAAACUGAGAUAUUCAUACAAUUCAAAAGUUAUACCUAAUUUUAAAAUAGACAAAUAAAUAGAUAGUUCAAACUUUAUUGGUUUUACAUUUUUUAUUUGAGGCCAAAACCCACUUAAAUGAAAAGUGGGCAUUGCAAAAACUGUCAAUUUAGUAACCUAAUGACAAUUUCAAGCCCUUAAUCUGAAAAAUAUUAUAUUUCUGAGGAAAAUAGUUAAAUAGUUCAAUUUGUUGCAUAAAAAUAUUAUUAUCCUCAAUGGACAUGAACUGUAACCCAAAUUAGAGAAUGACUCAUAAAUGUAACGCCAGCUACAUGUUUUUCCACAAUUGUGAUUUUUUUUUUUCUCUCAAAUGUACAUUUUUUUCUCGUAAAUUUAAGACUUUAAUCUAAAAGUUUUUUUCUCUGCAUAUUACCGCCAUGACUUUAAGCCCAUUAGAGCACUUUUCAUCGAGGGUAUACUUUACCUUUUGCUGUAAACACCCAAAAUGUUGGUUAGUUUUUUGGUCUGCUGAAUACUUAUUAAAACAUAUAAACAAAAAUAAGCAAACCUUGACUAUGACUAUGACACAAUGCCAUUUUACUGACCUACUGUUUCACUAUGACUCCUCCAUAAGUAAAGAUAAGAAAAAACAUGCCACCCCAAGUUUGUUUGGUACAGCACUGACUCUUACAGCUUUAUUCACUAAUCUUGAAGGAGAGGGGUUUUUACGGCAAACAUCAGUGAACCCUGUGGUUUGAGUAUUGUGGCCUUUCUCACCAGUAACUAAAUUCAGGAAAUAAGCUUUACUAAUCAAAGUACCUGGAACCAUGUACAAACAUACAGUAUGAGUAAUGUGCUACAAAUGAAAGCUUAUGCUUGGAGCUGUAUUCUCCGGCUUGAUUUUUAUGAAGCACCCGGUUGAGUCAAUCUUUAAUCCACUCCAUGGUCUAUAGUGCCCCCAGAUCCCCAAACAUUGUCUACAAUCUCAGUGCUGAUACUCUCAAAUGUAUAGAGUCAAAAACAGUGAGCUAAAAGGAAAAUGUGGGACAGUAUGGUGUACUUUAACAAAAUCAGAGACCAAUUCCUCAUCUUGAAAUUGGUACCUCCAACCACAACUGAGUUACAGAAUUAACCUGAAUAAACAUACGUUUGAUCCCUGCAGUCAGCCAAACAAACUCAACUCACAACAGACUCGAUUCUUUCUGUUCUAAUUUAUAUUCUGUUGGCGUUUUUAAGGUGAGAGAGCUGUACUGUAUGUAUUUUGAAUGUGUCCCUCAGCAGUUUUUAUCAGGAGUGAUAUGGUGACUUUGAAUACAUCACUGAGUAUAUCUGACCUGACACAUGUGCAUGGCUUCAUCCUGCCACGAUAAAGAACUGCUUUUAUUUCACUGCAUUUCUGAUCAAAUUGCAUUCAUCUUUUAAAUCAUUUGAGCUGGUAAGGGAGGAAUAUGAAGGGUAUUCAUUUGUUUCUCUCCCCAAUAGGAUUCUUUCCUUAACUGUGACUAGAUGGAUUUUCCUUUUAAUUCCUGCAAGCAAAGAUGGAUAUUUGGGCUUUUGUAACGCUUAGCGGUGGCUUAUGUUACACCGAGGGCAUCCUGUCUGUGCAGCACACCCCAUGCAGCCCGUUCUCUCUCCCAAGUCGUCAAAUACAGCAGCUUGUUGAUUAGCCUAUGAGUCGAGCUGUGCCGCUCUAUGUGGCCGUAGUUGUGGCGGGAGUAAGAGCGCGAAGAGGUUGGGUUGGACAGAUGAUACAGGACUUUCAACCAGGAGGCUGUUUCUGUAUUGUGGGAAACUAAAAGACAAUGGUACACUUACGUAACAUUACGUAACUUUCGUCACCUAUAUAGUGUAGUCUACUUAAUUAGGUAACAAAUGUAUUUAUUUUCACCCAAAACAUGAUCUUUCCUAAACCUAACCAAGUAGUUUUGUUGCCUAAACCUAAAGGUUGUUUUCUGCAACGCAAAAAAUUUUUUUGAAAAGCCUUUAUGCAUGAAAUUAGGGAUGCACAAUCGAUAUUAGGCCCAAUAAAUUCUGGUCGGUACCGCUAAAUUCCUCAAACAAGAGUCAUGUAUUAUUCUGAGGAUUGCAUUAUAGACGAUACAUUUUUGGCUGAUAAUAUGAAGACAAACUGCUUUCAUUGACUCAACAUGCUACUCUCACUUUUACUGCAUAGUAAACAACUGGUGAUGAACUUAUAAACUAAGAUACAAAAAUGUUCAAUUCUUAUGAAUUCUUAUUGGAAUCGGCCAUGAGAAGCAUGUAAUAACUGGGUAUCGUUAUCAUCCAAAAAAACCAUAACUCCCUUCAUGUAACGACCGGAAACGAGGGCCACUGAGAGCGUCUUAGUUUGAUGGUUAGGGCCACUGACCAAGAGUUGGUACUCGACGAGUUGGGAAUGAGAACGUGCAUCACAGUUAACAAGCACCUUCAUUCUGGAUGUGUUUCAGCUUUGUCCACUGUAUUUCAUAAACGUGUUGAAAUCCAGCUUUUUGAAAGUGAGCUCAUAUACACACACAGACGAAUGUAUUCUCACUAUGUAUAAUACUUUGGUGUGCGGCUAACCCUGUUUCAUGAGAUUAAAAGUUCACUGUCCAUGACUUUCUGUCACCUGAGUUAGUCGGCCCCAUGCUCUUGUUUUGCUUUACGCAUGGCCUUCGGCUUCAUAUCACUAUUCUUGUGCCUUGUUUAACUACUGUAAAAUGGUGAAUGUUGUAAAGUACAGAUGCGGAUGAAAAAACAAAAACAAAUGAAUCAUACUGACAUAUAUUUAAAGGUAUUAGUUAAAAAAGUAUUUAAGAUUAUAAUAUUGAAUAGGCUGCAGAGCUUUUUUAGUGCUGAACAUCUAUGUUUGGUAAUGCCAGGCAGCUUUGUGGUACAUUGUAUCUAUAAUUAUAGAAAUUUUGGAUGUUUUCUGUACAGUAGAAUUUGCAAAUGUAUAUGCAGUCUUUUGGAAAUAAAUGUACAGUUGAAAGAUC